AUGUUAAACUUAAACAACAAUAUCGAUGCUAGUCAACAAUUGCAAGUACAACAACAAGUACAACAAUUUCAACUACCUGAACAACAACAACACCAACCAAUUCAAAAUGUUUAUACACAUAUGAUUGGCAAUCCAGCUCUCAUUGGCUGUUACCCAACAAACAACCAAAGUGGUUUCAGUCUAAGAAACAAUCAAUCAACUUCAUCUCUUCUUCCUCUUGCUGUUUCUCAACAACAACAACAAAAGUGUGAUAUCUAUCAACAAUAUCAAAUGUCAAAUUCUGCUCCAGAGUCUGCUCUUGCUCCAAUUGACUUUAGCUUUUCUUUGGAUCUUGAAUCGUGGUCGUCGCCAUCAGCCCAGUCAUCUCCUUGGGACUCUUCCUCACCAUCAUCGGUCGCUUCCAUGUCCCCAAUGGUUGCCCCAAUCAGUAUGACUGCUCCAUCUGACUAUAUCCCAGUUUCUGACAACAUGCCUUUGUUGAGUGCUUCUCAAAUAGACUUUUUGGCUGCCAACACUCAAUCAAAUACUCUCGCUGCUGAUGUAAAUGUCUUUGAUCCUCUAGUAGUUGAUACCAAUCAUGCUGCUGUUGCUGCUGCUGCUGCUUUUGGUCAACAACAACAACAAUUACAACAACAAAUACUACAAUUACAACAACAACUACAACAACAACAACAAAUGGAAUUAUUGCCAUCAUCACCAAAGUCACCUGUGGGAUCUGACUAUUCUUCUUCUCCCUCAUUUUCUCCGUCUUCUUCAUUUUCCUCUGAUGGUGAAGAAUCUGAUACAGAGAUUGUCGUACCAGUAUCACCUCGUGUCAUUGCUAGUGCUACAAAGAGUGUACCAAAAAAUGUUGUUUCUCCAAAACAACAACAACAAAAGAAACAACCUGCCAAGCCAAGAGCAAGAGUUGCUUCUUCUGCUUCUGCUGCUACUGAUGCUCAAUCCCAAUUUAUUAACCAAACGCUUGGAAUGAAUAUGGUACUGACAUCAAUUGCCAAUGUUGCAGUAGAGAAUGGAAACAUGAACCCUUGGAAACUAAAGUUGUCUGGUUCUUUAGUUCGUGACGACGGGUCAACCAUCAAAUGGCAACACAUUGUUGUGAUUGCAUCGGUGCACUCUAGUUGCAGCGAGACUUACAACAUUGAUAACCAAACUGCCAAUGUUUUGGAUGACGGUACUGCCUGCAUCAAGGGUAUCAAGGUGACCAAGGCCGUACGUAGUCGUAGCCGUGCCUCUCAAGGAACUGCCAACGUACAAAGAUUCAGAUUGCGUUUUGUCGCCUAUGACAAGUUUAGUGGAGUCUGUAUUCCCAUUCCCAACUGUACCGUUGAAUCAAAUGACAUUACCUACUUGGCCAACACGAAAAACAUGUUGCCUCCCACCAUCAACUCUGUCGAGAGGGUAUCUGCCGACCAGUUGCCAAGUGGUUUUAUCACUCGUGACUCUAGCACCUACAAGUUUAAUUGCAACAGAAUCAAAUGGGGCAAGUCAAACAACUUUGCCGUUGCAUUCCAACAUCCAGAAACCCUCGAGAUUGUCCAUUACGUCACAGAGACUGAUGAAAAUUGCCUCACUCCAACCCUUACCAAAAAGGAAUCUGGUUAUCUCUCUGUUCCAAAUCAAUACAAAAACUUCAACUUGGUUACUGGUUUUUAUUCUCAAAAGGAUAGAUCCUUAAAUUUGUCUACUUCUCCUUUCAAAUUUGUAAAUUAA